UGGGUGUCAAGACGUAUUACCAGUAAUUUUUGCAUUAAAACAAGAAUUUUCAACUUUAGAAAUAUGUAUUUAUUUUCGCAAAAUCGACACAUUCAACUAUGCAACAAAAUUUGAGAAAGUUCUGGGAAAAUUGUCGAUCAUUUCAUGAUUUUUGUGCAAAAUGAGCUGUACUGUAGUGUCUCUUUAAAUAAACAGCUGAUUAUUUUCCUGGUAUUAUUGCUGAAAUGAGAAGAAAAAUGGAAACAUUAAUGAGAUGAAAUGAAAAGCAGAUUAAAAUUGAGAUAGAAUACAUGUAUAAUAGAAUCUUGACCUGAAAUUAAUAGCAGUAAUAGUUUACUAUGUGUUAUGUUUGAGUCAAUGACAAUUUCCUUGGAAAUAUACCAGUCCACAUCAUAGGAUGCAUUGAUAAUUACUAGUACACAAAUGAUUACAGAAGGAACAUAAAUUCUAUACAGUGUACCACAAAAUGAUAAAAAUAUUGAUAAGAGCAGUGUUAAAAUCAAUAAUCAGUUUUUGAAUUAAUUGAUUACAAUUAGACAAAGUUACAUAGCUUGGAUAUUUCCAGCCAACAUGACAAAAUUGAUUCAAACAUUUAUUAUUGGGUAUUGGCAAUAAGGGUACUUUCAUUUAUUGUUUGUACAAUAUAUCAACCAGGGAACAAUAGUUGUGGACUGCACAAAGAUUGGUGAUUGUCAAGCCUCUGAGUGUUAGAACUUGAUGUUGGUGGUUGUGUCAUAGGACAAGGAACUUCAUUUGUAUUGUCUCUGUUUGCAUAUAGUUGUCGUAACAGAUGGUACACCCCAGCCUCAGGGAAAUUUUUGUGGAUGGUACAGUUGGAAGUUUUGUUUGUGGAUGAUAGAGCUGGAAGUUAGUAUCUGAUGGAUAGGGGUCCAAAUGAUUGGUAGAUGAAUAUGCUGAGAUGAUAUGCACAGUGGAAUAAGCAUGCCCUUGACACAGAUUGCUGUGCACCCAUCAGACAAUGUUCCUCAGCCUGGAAAACAGAAUAAAAAACCCCAGCCCACACCAACCAAAAAGAAAGACUCUACAAAGGAAACUCAUCACCUGAAUUCUCCAACCCCCAAGAUUACAGAGAGAUGUGAGACAAGCCUUUCCAUGCUGUCAUCAGGACAGGACUGUUGCCGGAUUUGUCAGUGCGAGGUGUGCGAGAUUGAGGAGGACUCCCCCCUCAUUGCACCCUGCCUCUGUGAUGGCAGCAUGAAAUUUGUCCACCAGGAAUGUCUACAAAAGUGGAUCAAAAGCUCUGAUAAAGAAUGCUGUGAACUCUGCAAGUACGAGUACAAAAUGACCUCAAAAGUUAAACCAUUCAGAAAGUGGGAAAGGCUGCAGAUGUCUGCUGUGGAGAGACGCAAAAUCACCUGUUCUGUGACAUUCCACGUGAUAGCUAUAACUUGUGUUAUUUGGUCACUAUACGUCCUGAUCGACAGAACCACGGAGGAGGUGGAACAAGGUGCUUUAGACUGGCCGUUCUGGACCAAACUUAUUGUGGUGGCCAUUGGCUUCACUGGAGGAUUGGUUUUCAUGUAUGUUCAAUGCAAAAUGUAUGUUCGACUCUGUCGCAAAUGGAAAGCUUACAACCGGAUGAUCACCGUUGAAAAUGUCCCAGAUGAAGUGAGAAUCAAAGCUGUCGCUACGUAUAUGUCACCAGAGAAAGUGAAAAUAGUUCAGGAGGAACAGGAGGGUGGUAUCAUUAAUGAGAGCCUGACAACAGAUUCUGAGCUGUUGUAGUGUCCGGAGUGCCCACUGUUAUCCAACCACAUUCUUGUAAGGCUGCAUCCUGUAAUUAUUUACUUAGGUUUAUUUUUUCUUCUUCUUUCUUUUUAUUUUUUUCCCCUUCAAUUGUUAACAUUCCACUUUAAAAGCAUCAACAGUAGGCGUCAACGGUAAUCUCGUGCACAAGAUAGAUAUUGCAUCACCCAAUUAAUUCAUGCUUCUAAAAUAAUGAUGCCUUAACAAUCCAUAUCUGGAUGUUGAUCCAGAAGAAGUAAUAGAAAAUUUAUAAAGGUAUGUUAUUUUUUAAAUAGAAAUCGCCAGAUUUUGUUCUGUUCAGUUGAACAUUUUUACAAUAUAUGUGAUAUAAUGUAGUGUUUGCAAUGUAUACUGUAUUAAACAGUUGUAAAUGGCAACAAAUAUUACAUUGUAUUAUACAUGCAUUUAUAUGCAAGUUCCCAUGACUUGAAUUUUUUUUGUUACAUAUCAGAUUAAGAUUUAUCAUGUAUGUUUCUGCUAACUUUCUUUUAUUCAUUACAUAUAUUGUUCUUACAUGUUUUUCUUUGCAUGCUUUACACUGUGCCAAAUGUUUUGAAUGUUAAGUCAUAUUCUGUUGUGUGAUGUAUGAAUGAACUUUUAUGAUGUUUGAUAUAGUUUUUGUGUGAUUAUUUUUGUUGUGGUAAAACUGUAAUUUAUUGUGAAGUCUAAAUUAUUUGUUGUUAAAUUUUCUUUUGUAAUGUUAGACAUGUUGGAUAUGAGAUUUUUUUUGUAUAUCUGUGAAGUACAAAACUCAUUCUGUUCAUCAUAAGCUGGACCAUAGUUAAUUUAUGCACAUUUUAAUGUUUAUUUCACUCAGUUACAUUUACACAGGUAAAAACCAACAACUUAAAUUUGAAAAAAGAAGAAUUCUUAUUUCAUUUACUUGUUGUGAAUGCUACACAAUUUUCUCUGUAUAAUUUUGAAAUCAGAAAGAGUGGAUAUUUGUAGUAGCAUGUUCCCAAGUCAAAUCUUUUUCCAUAUUUUACACACAUUACAAUUUUCUCAAAAGAAUUUAACGGCUUAAUUUGGUGCUAAAAAUCACAAGCAGGAUGUAUUUUGUGUAUUUCAUUUUCCAUUGUAACCUUUGUAAUAUACACUAUUAUAAUAGAAAUGGCAUGUCAUUAUCAAAGUCCCCUUGAACACAUCUGAUCUUCACCAAGUACAGAGUACAUAUAUUUAUAUUGUAUGAAUUAUUGUAACCAUUUGUAGUCUUGGCCAGAUAUUGAUUGAAUCCAAUCUGAUCGUCAUUGAUUAAAUCCAAGAGUGUAAACUGUUUUGUAGAUUAGCAGAGGGUUUCUUGUGUAACAGUUUAGCAAAAAAUAUGCUUUUUUUUUAGUCAUUUUUAGAUUUAUGAUGAUAAUAUUUCAUAUAUUGGCAACAGUUUUCAUCACAUCAUUAAAAAAAAAUUACAAAAAUGUUCAACCUGCUUUAGGAUGGAAAUGUACGCAAACAUAUUUUCGAUUUUAGAAAUCCAAUUAUCAUAUUUCAGUUUUGAAAAAAAGUUUCAGUAAAUGUUUACGAAAUUGUGAUGUUAUUGUUGAAAUUAUUUUUUCUAAAUAUCUAGCAUAUGAAAAUUAUAUUGAAUGGUAGUUUAUUUACCUCCAAAGUUCCUUCUUUAGUCCUGCAUAUAUCUGUUUAUAUUGUUGUGUAGUAUACACCUAUUUUAUGUUUAUACUAAUUCGAUUUUCAGAACACUGUUAACAUACUGUAGAAUCAUUUAUUUUUGUGGGGUCAAAUUUUUGUGGUCUUUGAAAAUUGCAGGUUAUAUGUUUGUGGGGACUUGAGUAUUAUAUUUAUUGAGAAUUUCGAUUAUCAGUAUGUUCAUGAUACUAAAACAUUAAACCUCACAAAAAUUUAUGAUUUUACAGUUCUUUCCAAUAGAUCUAAUAAUAAUCCAUGAAACUUAAUUUAAGAGAAAAUUAAUCAUUGCUUCAGUAACAUGCAGAUUUUUGCCUUCGAAUGAUUGCAGCAAGAAUAGUAUGUAUAGUCACUGAUAGAGUAUCGCCGUGUAUCAGUAUUCUACAAUGACUUUCAGAUUUAAAUUAUUGGAUUUAAAUGAAGUCUUACUUCGGAAGAGAAGCUGUACAAUGCCAUACAUUUGUAAUGACAAUAUGGUUUUAUGUUUCAGCGAGUGCAUAUACGUUUAACAAGAAGUCUGUUGAUAUUGUUUUUGAUUGAAUUAUAAUUAAAGACUUGAGAAGAACA